AAAAUAAACAAUAAAAAUUGUAAGUACAGAAAAGGCUUGUACAAACGGCUCUGUAUUCGUCUCUGAUGGACUAUGCCUGCAGCAGUUUCAGAAGCUCGUCUAUGCUCCUUCCAUGGCGAUCACCGUCUCCUCACCCGCACACUUCCUUCGCUUCCAAGCUCAAAUUUAUGAAAGUGAAGCGUUUGGACAUGGCGAAGCAUCAAACUGUGGUCAGGAGUUCUUGUGGGUUCAACGAAAAUGGCUCCGUCAACGGGUUUCCGGUAAUACCCAGCAAGCUUUUCAUGCAGGAGGCGAUUGGAGCUGAAUAUGGAGAAGGUUUUGAAACUUUUAGACCAGAUGGACCUCUUAAGGUUGAUGUGGAUUUUUUGAACGACAGACUGCAAGAAGGGUUUCUUAAAAGAAUACGAUAUGCCAUGAAACCAGAUGAAGCUUAUGGUCUAAUAUUCUCUUUUGACAAUGUCGUGGCUGAUACUCGAACUUUGAAAUUAAAUGCUUGGAAGCAGCUUGCCACGGAAGAGGGAAAGGAAAUUCCCGAAGAUGCAGCUUUGCAAAGACAGAUGCUUUAUGCAGGUGCUGAUCAUGUGUUGCAUAAGCUUUUACUCUGGGAUAAAGCAGACGGAGAACUGGAUAGGUUGGCUUUAAAGUUUUCACAAUUAUACGGUGACAAUCUUCUCAGGCUUAGUCAACCCGUGGAGGGGCUCAAAGAGUGGUUAGAUGCUGUAUCCACGGCUCGUAUCCCUUGUGCUGUAGUUUCAAGUCUUGAUAGGAGAAACAUGACAGAAGCCCUAGAACGAAUGGGUCUCAAGAAGUAUUUUCAGGCAAUUGUGACAGAGGAAGAUGGAAUGGAUUCGAUAGCUCAUAGGUUUCUUUCAGCUGCCGUGAAGCUGGAUCGGAAGCCAUCCAAGUGCGUUGUGUUUGAGGAUGAGCCUAGGGGUAUAACCGCUGCUCACAACUGUACAAUGAUGGCUGUGGCACUGAUUGGCACGCACCCUGCGUAUGACCUGGUGCAGGCUGAUCUUGCAGUUGCUAGCUUUAACGAACUUUCAGUGAUCAAUCUUAGAAGACUGUUUGCAAACAAGGGUUCUACAUUCAUGGACUUGCAGAAGCAGGUUAUAGAGAAAUCUCCACCGAAGAGGAAGCUUACGGUAGAUACUAUUUUCUGAUUCAUUUUUUCCCUUUUGUAAUUCAUCCUCUCUACCUCUCACCCACUCUUGUAAUCUACAAGCCGAUCAUCUUCUUUUCCUUGGUUUGUAAUUGAUCUCAUAAGUUUGUUUGUGUUCUUGAUAUACGAACUUCUUAUAGUGAAAAAUCAAAGAAACUCGUAUCAACGUUGCAUUGUUCAA